GAGGCGCUCAGACGGCGAACCUCGCCCUCGUCGAGCCUGGAACCGAGAAGGGCCGGGUGCACGGUCACUGCAUCGCGGCGGAGCCCGGGCUUGUCCACUUUCUUUCUGACCGGUUGCCGUCGCCGCUGACUUCAAAUCGCGGUCGGGGAGAUCUGACCUCUGGACCUGAGAGCCGCGUAGGAAACCGAAACCGCCGGGCUCGGCUAACAGCGGCAGAGAGCGCGCGCUCGCUUGUCCCGGGCGCGCCCAGCAGCGGCACCGCCCGCGCCCGCCCCCGACACUUGUAAGUUUCGGUUUUACUCCAAGUCCAGUCCCGCGGCCCAGCAGAGCCAGCAGAGCCAGCAGAGCCAGCGCGCCAUGGCGGACCCGGACGUGUGCUGCUUCAUCACCAAAAUCCUGUGCGCCCACGGGGGCCGCAUGUCCCUGGACGAGCUGCUUAAAGAGAUCGCGCUCCCCGAGGCGCAGCUUUCAGAGUUACUGGAGCAGGCCGGCCCCGAUCGCUUCGUGGUGUUGGAGACAGGCAGCAGGGCCGGAGUCACCCGGUCGGUGGUGGCCACCACUCGAGCCCGGGUCUGCCGUCGCAAGUUCUGCCAGAGACCGUGCGACAACCUGCAUCUCUGCAAGCUCAAUCUGCUGGGCCGGUGCAACUAUUCGCAGUCGGAACGGAAUCUAUGCAAAUAUUCUCAUGAGGUUCUCUCUGAAGAGAACAUCAAAAUCCUGAAAUUGCAUGAGCUAUCUGGCCUUAACCAAGAGGAAUUAGCAGUGCUCCUCCUCCAAAGUGAUCCUUUCUUUAUGCCUGAGAUAUGCAAAAGUUACAAGGGAGAGGGUCAGAAGCAGAUUUGCAAUCAGCAGCCGCAGUGUGACAGACUCCACAUCUGUGACCACUUCACCCGAGGGAAUUGUAGUUACCCCAACUGUCUCAGGUCCCAUAACCUGAUGGACAGAAAGGUGCUGGCCACCAUGAGGGAGCACGGGCUGAGUCCGGACGUGGUCCAGAACAUCCAGGACAUCUGUAACAACAAGCACACCCGGAGGAACCCCCCUGGGUCGAGAGCUCCUUCCUCACAUCGCAGAGGCGGGGCAUACAGAGGUAGAAGCAAAAGCAGAGAGCGAUUCUUUCAGGGAAGCCAGGAAUUUCUUUCAUCUGCUUCGGCAUCCGCUCAAAGGUCCUCCACGCCCAGUCCAGAUCAGAUCGGCUGCAGGGCUCCCGGGGAUGAUGUGUCGGUAGAUGGUCUCACCCACGAGUUCGCCUACCUGGGGACUCAGGAUUGCACUCAGCCUUCCUUGGCCUCACAUAAGGCUACCGGUCUUGGAGGAGCAGGUCAAAAGUUUCCAGAGAAUGUCAAUCCAGAAGGCCUCUUUCAGGGGAAUCACAGCAACACUUACCUUGUUUCGGAUUCCAUACCAGCCUCCAACCAAAAGGGCCUCACAUCCUGGCUGAACGACCAAGGCACCAGGAAAGAGAGCAUGUUUUCUCUACUUCUGACCGGCCCCCACUCUCCUCUUGGUUCUGCACCAACACCUGCAGCUGUGACCACCAGAGAGAACACAGGCUUGCUUUACUCUGACCUCAGCGACAUCGACAGCAAAAGUGGAAUUCCACACAUCCAGCAUGUUCUUUUUAACAAUAAUGCUGAUGAAGAAGCCAUCGGUUUAAUUCCCCCAAGAUCUUUCACUUACAAAGGCACAAUCAGUGGUCAGAGAGAAACAUCAUUACCUAGGAAUCAGGACGCUGGACCCGCUUCCCAAGAUCUCCAAACCACUGACAAAAUUACAGAGAGUGAUUAUGCAGGAGUGGCAUUUGUUAACGGUAAAUACAGAGGGAAGACAUUCUCGGCUAGUGAAACUGUCCACAGUGUACCAAAUGGCUCUAGUCAAAUUAUGGAUAAAACUACUAAUGUAGAAAAAACUGGUGCUGCUGGUUUGGGCUUAAAAACGGAAGUUAUUGGGGAAAAAGAUGCAUUACGCUCUGGGGGUCAGAGUCUGAGAAGCCAGGUCCUGGCCACACUUGGGGAAACCAAGGCACCUGCGCUGGUCAGCACCCUGCAUCAGUCACCUUCCUCAAGCAACAGAGCUGCAGCCUCUGGGAUCCUUGUCCAGAACUCCACCCAAAUCCCUAUUUCCCCCACCACUGAGUUCACAAGGAGGACCCCAGGCUCUGCUCUGCGGUCUGUGGCUGAUGUUGUAGAUACCACAUUUUCUAGGAUGGAGGAUUCUGACUCAAAGGAAAUUUGUCUUGACCAUCUGUAUAAGGGGUGUCAACUCAAGAGUAACUGCAACAAAGACCACUUCCACCUGCCCUACCGGUGGCAGAUGUUCUUCGAAGGGCUCUGGAGAGACCUCUGCUCCAUGGAGAAGAUUGAAGAGGCCUACUGUAACCCCCAAAACUGUGUCUUUUCUAUGGGAGAUUACACAAUCGAUUUUCAGAAAAUGACUUGUGGUUCCAAUCGUGUCCGGCGUAUCUCCACUCCUUCAUCUGCCACGAACCCGGGCAACUCUGUCUUCACCACCCAAUGGAUUUGGUAUUGGAAGAGUGAAUCUGGCCAGUGGAUUCAAUAUGGGAAAGACCAAAACAACCAGGAAAGUUCAACCGUUGACUCUUCAUACCUGGAGACUUUCUAUCAAUCUUAUUCCCCGGGAAUUAUCACGUUUCGGGUGGGAUCUCAGAAGUAUGAGCUGAGUUUCCAAGGGAUGAUUCAGACAAACGUAGAUUCCAAGACGCAAAAGGAUGUCAUCCGCAGGCCAACGUUUGUGUCUCCGUGGGAUGUGGAACAAAGGAGAAGGGGGCCCAACUAUCAACCGGUUCAAGCCCUGUCAGCAUCUGUAACCGAGAGAUUUCUUCCUCUGCAGGAUCCUUCUGUCUUCCCCUCAAAGGGUUAUAAGUUGGUAGAGAUCAAUAACGCGUCUCUGGAAUAUACCAAAGUAAGUGAGCGUUUUAAAGCUUCCAUGAAAAAUUGCAAGAUUGAGAAGAUAAAGAUGAUCCAGAACUCAGAGCUCUCGAAUAAUUUUAGAAGGAAGAAAAUGCAGAUGACCAACAAAACCGAAAAACUCCUGUUUUAUGCAACGAGGCGCACCUAUGUGGAGUCUAUCUGUGCGAAUAAUUUCAACUUGGUCUUACAUGAAACUCAUGAAAACAAAUAUGGAAAAGGAUAUUACUUCGCAGAAGAUGCCAUCUAUUCUCACAAAAAUUGCCCGUAUGAUGCUAAAAACAUCAUUAUGUUUGUAGCUCGAGUCCUGGUGGGAAGUUUUAUUGAAGGCCAUAUGACAUACACAAGCCCUCCUCUGCACUACGACAGCUGUGUGGACACCAGAGGGAGUCCCUCCGUUUUUGUCAUAUUUGAUAAAGAUCAGAUUUACCCAGAAUAUGUGAUAGAGUAUACUGAAGUAGACAAAGCCUGUGUGAUUAGUUAGAACUGAUGAAUACAGUGUCAUAAAAAUGCCAUAAACAUUGUUUCCUUACAGGACCAAAUUUUCCCAGAUAGUAGUUAAACUUUUAUAUUUCCUUGCCCAGUUACCUAAUGUCUUAGAUUAGUGGUUCCCAAACUUUGCUUCACAUUAGAAUCAUCCAGGGAGCUUUAAAAAAUUCCAACGUUCAGCUUUGCACCCCAUGCCAAUUAAAUCAGUGUUUCUUAAAGCUCUCCUGAUGAUUCCAAUGUUUGGAAAGUUUGCAUUGUUUUAGAUGUAACUGGUAAUAGUUGAUUUCUAAAUUUUCGGUAAUUGCAGCAGUUUUUCUCCCAUCUGCUCAUUUAGUUUACUGUAUGGCAUUGGGUUUUUGUUUGUUUUGCUUAAAUUGAAAGAAAAUUAAUUUGGGAAAUUGAGAGAAAUCUAAUAGGCCUAUUGAAAUAAGGACAUAAGACAUUAUAGACUUGAAUGAAAGAUUGUGAAAAAGUUGGGGGGGGUGAGGAAAGCUUAGGGACUAGGGAAAAAAAGUAAAAUUGAAGUGCUAUUGUAGAUGUAACUGCAGUACUAUAUCUUAGUGAUGAAACUUAGUUGGGUCACACAUUUCUUUGCCUCUAAACGUAUUUAGGGGUCAACCAUCCAGGUUAACUUUUUUUGGAACACCAAGUGUGGCUCAGCGAGAAGCAACCUGAUGAAGUUAAUUGUCUGUUUAGGCUCUUUAUAUAAUUAUGACAAAGUAGAUAUUGUGUCAUAUGAAAAGGCUUUUAUCAUAUGAGUCUUUUAUGGAGGUAUUUGUAUUUUUAGGGAACUGAGUUGCAGUAACCAGACUCACAUGAGCAUGACCGAUAAACACAAAUGCUAUGUAGUUGCUGGCUGCGUCAGAUGAACCUCACCAGGGAAUUAGGAGCAAGCCAUCUUUACUGAAGGUCGGGCCCCCUAAGGAGACAAGAUUUGUUUCCUGGUGAGCAUAGAAUCAGAUCUAGAAGAAAAAUGUCUUAAAGAGGCUUCGUGCCUUCUAGGGCUUCUUUUUCUACAUACAGAGGGUGCCAAAAAAAUGUACACACAUUUUAAGAAAGGACGAAAACUAUUAAAAUUGUAAUACUCAAGUCACGUUUGACUUCUGCAAUUACAAGAGAUACAAGAUACAACAUACAAGAUAACAAACAUUUCUGUUAUAUAUUGAGUAUUACAAUUUUAAUACAGUUUUUUUCCAUUGCAUAUGGAUAUGCAUUUUUCUGGCAGCCUCUGUAUAUCGGAUUAUAUGGAAUCGUGGUACAGUUUUUAGGGACCAAUAUGUCUUUUCUUAUUAUGAACCAAGUUAUUUCUUCCAAUUUUCCUUUUUCUAACAUUCCUUACGAGUCAACAUUCCCUGUUACAGUUCCUUCCAGGAGACAUACCACAGAUAAUUAAUUGGCAUUAGAGUGGAUUUUAUAUUAGGCAGAUUUUAGACCAAUGCAAAGAUCUUUUAGAGUGGGGUUCCUUUUCGGCAGUCUUACCCCAAAUAGUUAUUCUCAUUCACACGUUUUUUUUUCCCAUGGUAUCAAUUUUGGAUUGUUCAUUUUCUGACUUUGUUUGACCCCAAUGCCAUAGAGGUGCAAUUUAUCCGGCUCCUUCCAGCUCCCCAGUGGGCACCUGUAGGUGGAUAUUUCACAGGCAUUGCUGACUCAACAGGUCCGAGACAGAACCCUUGAUCUGUCUCGCUCACACAAAUCAUUACUUAUUUUCUGUGUACAGGUCAAUGGCACCACCAUCCACCCUCCACUCAAGCAAAAGUACAGAAGUGAUCCUUAACCCCUUGUUCUCCCUCCUGAUACACAUCUAAGCUAGUCCCAAAUCCAGUUUUACCUCUUAACUGUCUCUGUUCCCUUGCACAUUGUUCUCUAAAACAAUGUACUUAGUAAUGUUCUUUGAAAACACAAAUCACUUCGUGGACUCACAGUCUCCCUUCCCCACCUCUUACCAUUUAUUUUCUUCUACACAAGCCACUCUGGGUUUCUUUCAGCCCUGUGGUUCCCAUUUUCACCUAGUUCAGUGGUUCUCAUUUAUCGCUUCUGCCUUUUUUUUUUUUAAACGUCUAAUACAAAUACGCUUUUAUUAUCCUCGAACUCCAAUUCAGAGGUGAUCUGGUUUAUCUAUGCACAAUUUUAGAAAUAAAUUGAAAAUUAAGUAAAACUAAAAAUCAUAUAAAAGCUAUAUAACUUGGGCACAAUCAUACUAGGAAAUCUAAUGAAGUAGUCAGAUGUUUACACCUAAUUCUAAGGAAUACAUUUGAACUUAGAAGAAGGGAGGAGGUCAGAAACCAUUUUGUACAAAGAAGCAUGAGGAAAAGAAAAAGCAGAGAUACUAGUGGACAUCAGAAUAAAAACUAAAGAUACAACAACUUACUUGCAUAAGAUAACACCUAUUUGUGUAUAAGUGACAGAACGAAGUCACCUUAAUUGAAAUAAAGAUAGCAUGCAAGAAAAUUUACAGAUUACCGAAGCGGAGGAAAUGAGGAGAUACUAUAUUCUUUCAGACGAGCUGUAGCUCAUACAUGAAUGUCCGGCGAGACGUUCAAAGUUCGUAUAGGGUGCAGAGUAACUUCUUAUUGUGAGGAACUGUCCAAUGUAUUGCGAGAUGUUCAGCAUACUUGGCUCUCACAUACUAAAUGCCAGUAGCACCCCCGCCCCCACCCCAACCCUGGUGACAGCCCCAGACACUGUCAAGACCUAUUCAUUUGCUGAGCAGGUAUUUUGUAACAUCCUCUUGGUUGUUCUGAGAUGAUUCAUAGAUAAUACAAUUUACUUCCACACAUACAUUUCUUAAAAAAAAAAAAAAAUCAAUUGAAUGCCCUAACUCUAUUAUAAUGGAGAAAUAGAAGGUAAAAAUAAAAAGGUAAUGAAAAUAAAAUGAAUUUCAAUUUUAUAAAUGCACAGGCAUGACUAUGCCACAUAAGACAUGAAAUAGAUAUUUAUUCUUACUUACAAUGAAUAGGUUUAUAUUUAAGAGCCGAUUAGAGGCUGCUUCCUGUGAAGAAGUACAGGAAUAUGAAAGAUUAGAGGUAUGGGGGACUCUAGCAUGAAAACUGUAGGGUGUUCGAAAAGUUGCCAUACACAGGAAAACGGGAAAUUGUAGCUAAAUGUACCUUUAUUUACAAAACAUUCUCUGCGUGUUGGCCAUCUCUUCCUAUACUAACACAGAGUUUUCUCUCCCACUCAAUGGCGAACAUGUUCCAAGAUAUCUGUUGUUACAAUUUUCCUAUGUAUGGAGACUUUUGGAACACCUUGUAGUAUUAGGGUAAGUCAUAACAGACCUUAUCUGUGUAUGGCAAAGGAAAGAGCGAGAUUACCCAACUUGAAAUAAUAAUAGGACAAAACAAAUUGCAGAUUGUCUCUGAGGAACAAAUGAAUUGAAUUCUCCGAGACAAACUGUAGGGUCCUACAUAAAUGUCCGGUGGGACAUUAGAAAGUCGUACAGGGUACAGAAUAAUUCUUCGUUGUGUGGGACACGCCCAUACACUAUAGGACAUCUGUUGGCCCUGGCAGCAUCCGCUCAAUGCUGGUGGUAGUCCUGAGCUAUGUUGAGACCACCAACACCCAUCCAUUUCUAAAACACCACAGUGAGAACCACUGACCUAGUUAAUGUCUUAACAUCCUCAGAUUAGGCCAACUCUUAACUGCAUAAGGAAUUCUAUAGGUUAGUUGCUUGUUUCCUGUACUUGCAGUUUUUAUAAUAUUUUAUGCCUUACUUUGUUAAUUCAUUCAUCUAUGUAACUUGAAAUUGCCUGCUUUUUGAAUUGGAAUGUAAGCUCUCUGAGGGCCAAAUCUUGUUCAUUGCACCACACCACAUGCCCAUAUUAAUAAAGUGACGCAUCUAUAGUUAAAUUUGUGUUCAUUAAUUUAGCUGCAUUUGUUGAAUAAAUUAAGCUCAACUAUGUA